AUGACCGCAGCAUUAAGAAAUGAACUUUAUAAAAAUGUAAUUGUAGAUUUGGACAAUUUUUGGACGGAGCUUUUCUUGGGUAAAGAUUGGUCCAAUCAAACAUGGAAUAUUUGGAAAAGCUAUGAAGCAUACGAACGAAAUGAAAUUAAGAUCCAGGAAGAAGCUGAGACGUGGACACAAAGAGAAACCAUAAACAACAAGCAGAAGGUAACCCAGGAAGAAACACCAAAAACUUUCAGAAAACCCCGAAGUCAGACAAAAAAAGAUGACAAAGAAUCGGCAAUUUUGGCAGGAAACAAAUCGCUCGAAGGUUCGCAAAAUAUCAUGAAUACAAAUAACAAUGAUAUCCAGAACAAAACUAAUUCGGAAGAGGCCAAAUCUGGGGGAAUCCAGAAAAUAAUCUAUAAAAACAAGAUUUUGACUGGAGACAUGACUGUAGAUGAAAUGUGGGACUGGCUAAAUUUUUUUCGUGAGAAUUUUUUGAAUCAGCUCACAGAUAAAUUCCACAGACCAUCGGAAAAGUUUCCAAAAAUCAUCAAAGAAGAAGAAGGCUCCCAGUUCCGCUGCAGUUAUUUUCGCUCGUCAGAUAAAUGCCCGAUGAGGGGUACUGACAACGAUUACCAGGCCGACUUCCUCACAAAGAGAAACGGGUCUUCCAAUGCUCAAAGUAAGAUGUGGCACACUGACAAGAUCCAGAGUAAUUACGAUAUAAAGCAAGCAGCUAUUUCGAGAUUUAAAGAAAAAAUUCUCGAUAACUUCUCCACCAAUUUCGUAGUCUUUAAGGCUUUAGCAUCUGAACUCCGAACGAUACUAUUUGGAGAGCUUGGAGAUGAAUAUAGCGCCCCUGAAGAUUAUGAAGCCGAAUAUGAGAAGAUUAUUAAGGCAUUCAGCAAUACCAUUGAAGAUCUAAGAGGUAAGAUCAAUCAAUUACUACACAAUUACUACACAAUCACUGUUCCCUUAAAUGAGAGUCUAGCUAACAUUCUCAAUUAUUUAGAUGGGACAAUCGAGAAUAAAUUGUUGGCUAGAGGAACAUCAUGA